AUGGGUGAUAGGAAUGGACAAGCAGUGGCUGGUGGUCAUGGCCAAGGAAAUCGAUUGGAUCAAUUGAAUAAUCCAAGCGAUGUUUUGAUUGACAAAGAGACGAAUAGUCUCAUUAUUUGUGAUUCAGGGAAUCAACGAAUGGUACAAUGGUCUCGUCGUAGUGGCACAACUCAAGGAGAAAUCCUCAUCGACAAUAUCAGUUGUUGGGGAUUGGCCAUGGAUAAUCAGAGAUAUCUCUACAUCUCUGAUAUCGAAAAACAUGAAGUAAGACGAUAUCAAAUAGGAGACAAGAAUGGAACUAUCGUGGCUGGUGGUAAUGAUAUAGAUGCUGAUCUUAAUCAACUCAGCGUGCCGAGAUACAUCUUUGUCGAUCAACAACAGACUGUCUAUGUGUCAGACACCUACAAUCAUCGUGUGAUGAAAUGGAAUAAAGAUGCAAAAGAAGGAAUUGUCAUCGCUGGAGGUCAAGGCGAAGGGAAUGCUCUGACACAAUUAUCGUACCCUCGCGGACUCUUCGUCGAUACAUUGGGUACCAUCUAUGUGGCAGACUGGGGGAAUCAUCAAGUGAUGCGUUGGCCCGAAGGAGCGAAACAGGGCACUGUUAUUGUGGGUGGAAAUGGUCAAGGAGAAGGAGCUAAUCAGUUCAAAGCUCCCGUCGGUUUGUCUUUCGAUCGACAUGGCAAUCUCUAUGUCAUCGAUGAGUAUAACUAUCGUGUUCAACGUUUUUCAAUCAAAUAA